CUUUCUUCGCGCACCACACACACUCUGCUCGUUACUACUCUUCUCUCUCUACAGAGCACUUUGCAACAAUGCUCAGUAAAAAUGAAAUGUCAUCAUCAGCGUCAUUAGGGACACGUUCUUACACCACUGAUAGUAGCACUGCUGCAUCCUUAGCUUUUCCACGCACCAAACCGUUCAAUUUUUGGGUCAAGCUUGGAAUUGCAGGCGUUCUUGCCUAUUUGACGAUCCAAAUGAUCAAUAUCGAAACUCAUGGACGAAGAUUACAGACAAUGAAUCCAGAGGAUUGGAAAAAGGUGAUGGAGGGCCACCCUUAUCAACGGCCUGCACCAGACGCUUCGCGUGGUCCAUGCCCAGCCAUCAACACGCUCGCCAACCAUGGUUUCAUCAACAGAGACGGACGGAACGUGACACAAAAGCAGUUGUACGAAGGAGUUGUGAAACUGGGAAUGGCGCCCCUGGCUGCACACUUUAUAUCGCGUUUACCCUACUCUAUGUUUAAGCAGCACCACCCGCCUGAUGGUCCAUUUUCCUAUUUUCGAUCCGCCAAGACCAUCGAUUUGGAACAGCUUGGGAUCCAUAAUACCAUUGAGCACGACGUCUCUCUCAGCAGAUCCGAUGUGAAUCUGCCGCCAUAUAGUACGAUUCAACUCGUCCCUGAACGUCUCGAGCAGAUGAUAUACAUUGCAGCAAAGCGGACAAACGGAGAAAAAGGCGAUCAGCAGCAAAAGCAACAAGUGUAUAUCUUGGAUAAGGAUGUGUAUGACCACCGUAAACUAUGUUGGCUCGAGUCAAUACGCGAUAAUCCUUACUUGUUGGUGGGACUCAAUCAGCAGAUGGCCAUCACGGCAGAGACGGCCGCGGUGCUAGAUAUUUUGGGCCGUAACCUAGCUAUUUCAGAAGAUCAUCUUCGAUCAUUUUUCCUCGACGAGAAAAUUCCAGCGGACUGGCAUCCGCCCCAUGAUUCGUCGACACUUGGGAUGUUUAAAAGGCUCUGGGAGAGCUUUCAAGGUGUGCAGAAAAGUAAAGCAACUUUACCUCGAGAUAACAGAGAGGGAAGCGAUUAAUUGCAGUAUGUAUGCACCUAUAUCAUGAUGCCCCAUAUACACAUUAUUGCGUACCAUAUCCUGCUUAAUGUAGUGCUUAUUACAAUAAACUCAAACGCGCCAAGCCCGCACAUUUGUAAUUGAGAA